AUGGUCGUCCCUAACCCCAGCGGUACCCAGCUUGAGCUCGCCGGCAAGGUCGCACUUGUCACCGGUGGUGGCCGUGGUAUUGGAUCCGGUAUCGCCCUCGAGCUGGCCAAGAAGGGUGCUUCCGUGGCAAUCAACUAUGCCAGCAGCUCAAAGACCGCCGACGCAGUUGUGCAGGAGAUCAAAGCACAGGGUGUCCAAGGCGCAGCCUUCCAGGCUGACCUGACCAAGGUCGAGUCCAUCGCGAGCCUGUUCCGCCAAGUCGUGGAGCACUUCGGCCAACUCGAUAUCGUCGUCUCCAAUGCCGGAACCGAGAAGUUUGUCUCUCUGGCUGACACCACUCUGACCGAUUUCAACGAUGUGUUUGAUCUCAACACCCGUGCUCAGUUCUUCGUUGCGAAGAAUGCCUACGAUCACAUCAGCCCUGGCGGCCGCGUUGUCCUGAUGUCCUCUAUCGCUGCCGGUGUCGGUGUCCCUGGACACUCCCUGUAUGCAGGCAGCAAGAGUGCCGUUGAGGGAUUCACUCGCUGCUUCGCUGCUGACUUCGGCAAGAAGAGAUGCACGGUUAAUGCCAUUGCCCCCGCCGGAGUUAAGAGCGACAUGUGGAUGAGCAACUCGUGGCGCUAUGCUCCUGGCUGCGAUAAGAACUCUUCCAUCGAAGAGAUAGAGCAGGCCUUGGCCAAUGGCAGUCCCCUCAAGCGUUGCGGUGUGCCUGCGGAUAUUGGCCGCAUUGUGGCAUUCUUGGCCAGCCCUGCCGGAGAAUGGAUCAACGGUAGGUUUUGGAAUGUUGCAUUUUCAAUCUCGAAGGAAACUAACUUUUCUCAGGUCAAAUUCUGCCUUGCAAUGGUGGAGCUAACAUCUAAUGGAGUCGGAGAUGUUUUGCUGGAGUUGGUUGGGAGUUUCCCGUGGACCUCGUGGCCAUCUACAGGGUCUAUCGCAUGA